CUGUUAAACUGCUUUGACACUCCCCAAUCAAUGAUUCACGUGUUUGUGCGGAUGGUUCCUUCAGCAUAAAAAGGUUGUGCUUAAACGACAGAGUAACAUUCGUAACGAAGCCUUGCAACAACGUAACGAAUACGAACAAUCAUAUCAACAUGAAUUACACUCUUUUAGUCAUCUUUGUGGCUUGUUUGAUAGGAUGUGGCGCGCAAAUUUACACAGAUGUCGAUUUAAACGCAUAUUGUAAAGACUGUAUGAAGGAAGGGUCGACAUCCUCAGUGCAACCUCAUCCAUAUCGCUGCGACCGUUAUAUAACGUGUGCAAUAGUAUCUUUAGAUGUUUUCAAGGCCCACGAAAUGCCUUGUCCAGCAGGUCUUUUCUUUGACAGCACGAUCAAAACUUGUACUUGGACACCCGAUUGCGUCAGAAGCUGUAGGACAAAUGAUAAAUUUGAGAAUUCGUGGGACUGUAAUACAUAUUAUGAAUGCGAGAAUGGCAUAUUGAGCACAGGAACACCGUUGAAAAGUUGUGGCAAACAAAAAAUGUUCAAUGAAACCCUACAAUACUGCACUCCAGAUAAUACGUGUGGUAAAGACGCCAAAUCCGAUAAUUGUACAAAAACCCAGAAAGAUUGUCAAGUGGGAUAUGAGUUUAGAAAGGAAGAGUGCCAAUGUGUAAAACGCACAAUUUGUACCGAUCAAUAUAACGUGAUGUCACCAAAUUCUGAAGUAUACCUGCAGUUGAUGAAUGGUAAAUGGAUCGAAUCCAAGUGCAUUCCUGGUUACAGUUUCAACUUAACCACAUGUACUUGCUCUGAUAAGAUCCCUAUCAUAUACAAGUGUCCCGAAAGUUACAAAGUUCACACUGACCAAGGCAAAUACUACAUCUUGGAGAACAGUGUGUAUGUUGAACGAACAUGCCCGUCUGAACAUAAGUUUAAUCUAACUGACUGCCGGUGCCACCUACAGAGUAAGUAACAUCAACAGUACUCA